AUGAGGGUCCCCUUUGUUGUCUAUGCUGAUUUUGAGAGCUUUACAGAGAACAUAGAUACAUGCUCCCCAGAUGAAAGUAAAAGCUUUACUAAACAAUACCAGAAGCACAAACCAUCAGGCUACUGCUAUCUCAUCAAGUGCUUUGACGACGAAAUAUUUCCACCAAUGCUUGUGCGACAGACAAUUCAAAAACCAGAUGAAGAUAUCCCGCAAAUGUUUGUGGAAAGAUUAGAGUCUUAUAUCAAGAUGAUAUACAACAACUUCAAGUUCUCUAAGAAAGUCAAGAUGAGUCUAGAGAAUUUGAGAGAACAUGAAACCGCCACUCACUGUCAUAUCUGUAAGGGCGAGCUCGGAAAGGAUAAGGUUUUAGAUCAUUGUCACAUUACAGGAAAGUAUAGAGGUGCAGCCCACAACGAAUGCAACCUUCAAUUUAGAAUUCCAAAGUUCUUCCCAGUCAUCUUUCACAAUCUAUCUGGAUACGACAGCCAUCUUUUCAUUAAGAACCUUGGUACAUCAAAAGGUAAAAUAAAUUGUAUACCUAAUAAUGAGGAAAAAUAUAUUUCUUUCACAAAACAGAUUGUAGUGGACACAUUUACAAACAAAGAAGGCAAACCGGUUGAAGUUAAGCGUGACAUCAGAUUCAUUGACAGCUUUAAAUUUAUGUCAGCCAGUCUUGACAGUUUAGUAAGUAAUCUGUCAAAAGAAUCUUUCAAAAACCUCACAAGUUACUAUGAAGGAGAACAAUUACAACUGUUGUUAAGAAAGGGUGUUUUUCCAUACGAUUGGUUCGGUGACUUCAACAAACUCAUCGCAACCAAACUUCCACCAAAAGAAGCGUUCUACUCCAGACUCAACGAUACUGACAUAUCAGAGGAAGAUUAUCAACAUGCCCAAAAGGUUUGGGAAAUCUUUGAGAUGAGAACCAUGGAGGAUUAUCAUGAUCUCUAUAUUGAGUCGGAUGUGCUCCUGUUAGCCGACGUCUUCGAAAACUUCAGAAAUGUUUGUCUUGAGAACUAUGGUCUAGACCCAGCCUGGUAUUACACAGCACCCGGUCUUGCAUGGGACGCUGCUUUGAAAAUUACCAAGGUGAAUCUAGAGUUGCUGACAGACUAUGAUAAGCUGCUCAUGAUUGAGAAAGGCAUUCGAGGUGGUGUGUCUAUGAUAAGCAAUAGGUACGGGAAAGCAAAUAAUCCAUACAUGGAGGAAUAUGACCCUAAUCUUCCAACAAAGUACAUAACAUAUCUAGACGCAAACAACUUAUACGGCUGGGCAAUGUCAAAACCACUCCCUACACACGAGUUUAGAUGGAUGACUGAGCAAGAGAUAACAGGUUGGAAAAAUCAUCCAUGCAUUCUAGAAGUUGACUUGGAGUAUCCUCAUCAUCUACACGAUUUGCAUAAUGUACCCCCCUUUGGGCACCUAGCUUAA